AUGCACCUCGGUCACCAAUUUCUGGGCAGAGGGUGCAGCAUUCGAAAGAUUCGCCUUGGGAACAUGUUUGUCCGCAUGACGCGGAGCACAUCACACCUCGACGACUUUUUGGACGUUUUCGUACUCAUCGUGGUUUCCAGGAAGUCGAAGACCAACCCCAGCAAUAAGCUGAGUCACCAGUUUCUUGCAAGGCAUAGGGACUGGCGGCUCUGCGGGAUGGGCCAUGUUUUCCUGUGGCUUCAUUUCAUCUACGACCUCGUCCCUCUGCGCUACGGCCCCGGUAUCGUCGAGCCUCUCGACUUUUCUGAACCGAUCAGAUCUGGAGCCCAAAUACUCCAUGACGACGGUUGCUCCGACAACAACAUUGGCACUUUGGGCGGAUGGGCGCAGGGGGAGAUGCGGAGAUCUUAUGUUAUGGGCAUUCCGUUCAAGCCGGUUUGGCUGCUGGCAGGAUUCAGCGGAGAUCGUAGAGACUACUACAUCGGCAGAGCCCGCGCUAAGCUUCCGCGUCAUAAGGAUAUGGAGAAGGAUGAGUGGUUGCAGCUCCUGGAACUCUUGAGGCUUUACAUCUUCCCCUGGGUCGAGGAGGGUUGGAAGAAGGCCCAAGCAUGGAACGAUGCGCAGACCGACCCGCUGAAGAGGCACUAUGCGGGAGUGAGGUUCCUUGAGACCCUCGCCACCGUCGGCCGCCUCGUUGUUGCACAGGAUCUGGCUAUGAUGUGGGCGUUCUGCCAUCAGCACGGCGUGAGAAUCCCGCGGUGCAAUUGCCAGCGGCAUCCAUAUGUGCAGAUGAGCCCCCUGUGCAACCACCCACUGUUCCAAAAGUGGGCGUACCUGGUCGCUAGCUUUCACAUGGAGGGCGAGAAGCUUCGUGCGACCGCCCAAACCACUGCCAAAGCAGAUGCUAUCUUUCGCACGACCGCCGAGGAGAAGAUGCAGAAGCUGUAUCUCACCGCCAAUAUGCUCAGGGAGGAUCUUGGGAUAUUGAGAGGACGUGCAAUGCAGUUGGCGAUGGAGAACGCGAAGCUGAGGGAGGAACUCGAUGCUGAGCGAGCGGAUAAAGCUCGGCUCAUGGCCGAGUUCGAAGCUUUCAAGAGGUCUGUUGUGGCCAGGGCUGACGCUGCAAACGCCUCUGCUGAGGUCGACGGAUCGUCGAAGAGUGCGGAAGGGGGUGCACGCCAGGCAGCGGACGCAUCCAAAGCACCAGUUGCGGUGGAAGAUUUCUUCUACGUGGUCGUUGUGUCUUGGCGCGAAGCCGAAACUGUUGCUGCUACCUGGAAACUGUGGGUGCAGCCAAGCCAGAUCAUGGGCGGCAAGACACUGGCCGAAGUCUGUGCAGAGUUCGGCCGGGAUACGAACAAGAACAACAGCUUCAUCACCGCAUAUUCCCGGUUCGCGCCGAAAGGUAAGCCCGCGAUGACUGUGGGUGCAUGCGAGCGUAAGAUGCGUCGCGUGCAUCGUGUCAUGGUCUCCGUGGUGACGUUAAGAAAAGACAGCUCCGAGGCGGCGACCGCAACGGCCGUUAAGCUGCUGGACGAGGUGUUCGCCUUGUGCAACUUCACCGAAUUCACCAACGGCCUGGCGGUGCUUCAAGAGACUCCGCCCAACAAGAAACAAAAAACCGGUUCGUCGACGGAAAAGAGGACCGUCAACGACUUGGCGCAAUGUAAAGUGAGCUGGCUGCUAGUCAAUAAAGGCCUGAGGGACAAGGAGUGGGCAACAUCGCUGUUUGGGGAUGAUAGGUGGGAGGAGAUCCACAAGGAACAACUGGCUAAGGAGAAGGCGGAAGAGGAGAAAAAACGAACCGAUGUGACGAAGAAGGCGGAACUGGAAAAGGCGAAGGGCGAUGCGUCGAAACGCUAG